AUGCCUCACAAGCUCUUAACUGAUAAAACAAAUAAAUAUCUGAUCGUCGAGAUCAACGCGCAGGUGGCGCUGUUCCGCGACCUGCUGAUCCACAUCGGACAGCCGAGGGACUGCCCCGAGCUCAGGGAGAAGAUUCGCAAGCUGCGUCGCACCUGCGUGGACGCCUGCCGGCACACCUGCCAGCUGUUGCUGCCACAGGUCCGCAGCGCCGUGGCGGAGGGCAUCCCGGCAGACAACCCGCACCUGGUGCUGCUGUUCUUCAUCUCGCAGCUGCUGCUGAGAGAGCUGGCCAAGUGCCGACGGCUCGUGCAGGUGGUGCCCAUGGACAUGUCCGGCCUGUAUGAGAACCGGCCGGGUCCGUCGAACCUGGGCAACGUGAUCAGCCAGAUCCUUCUCUGCAAGACCAUCACGCCCGACUUCAACCAGGAGGAGCUGUGCAGCAUCGCCAAGGACUCGCAGGACGUGCUGCGGCUGUUGCAGGACAUGCAGGAGUACCUGCCGAGGCAGGAAGCGGGCACAGAGCGGAACUCGGCGCUCCAGGAGGCGGAAGGCAGCCGCAGCGGAGGCGGCGCCGGGGCCGCUGGGGGCGGCCAGUGGUCGCGCAAGCGGCGCCGCCGCUCCUCCAGCCUCUACAAGAACGUCGGCUCGUUGUGCUGCCUCUGCAGCCGACCCAACUACCUGUGACUGGCGCUCCCCCAGCCUCCACAAGAACGCCAGUCCCUCUCCGGAACCGACCCAACUACCUAAUACUGCCGCUUCUGCAACCUCUACCACCGGGUCCCGCUGCCAUUGCUGCACCGGCCGUGACCUCACCGACGGGACGCCACCUGAUGA